ACGUGAAAAAAAUUUUGCUCCGCCCUUGCCCUCAAAGCGCUUUCACACAAGUUUAAUCAAACGCUGAUGAUAUGCGAUUCAUCUUCUCCCUCAAGACUACCAUCCCACCGUUCAAUCUCUGCCUUAAAAUGAGUGUCCUGUCCUCGUUUUGACUUCUCCAAUCCCCAGCCCACAUUUCCCCUCUUCAAAUUAAAUCUCCUCAGUCCCUCCCUCAUCCCUUCUCAAUCUUCCUCUCCGUCCCAAGGCCCAGCCAUGGCAAAAAACCUAUGCAACUCUCCCACGCCUCUCUUCGCCCUCAUCCUUCCUAUGCUUCUCCUCAACUAUCCUUUGUCCUCAAACGCCUUCUCCAUCGGCGUAAACUACGGUGCUCUAGCCGACAACCUCCCGCCCCCGGCGCAAGUGGCCGCAUUCCUAAAAGACCGCACCUUCAUCGAUCGAGUGAAGCUCUUCGACUCCAACCCCGAUAUGAUCCGGGCUUUUGCAGGAACUGGCAUCGCCCUAAUCAUCACGGCCGCUAACUCCGACAUCCCCUCCCUAUCCCGCCUCCCCGGUGCGACAUCCUGGGUCGCCAACAACAUCUCCCCCUUCUAUCCCGCCACCAACAUCUCCCUUAUCGCCGUUGGCAACGAAAUCCUCGCCACGGCCGACCGCAACCUCAUCGCCCACCUCGUCCCCGCCCUCCGCUCCCUCUCAGCCGCCCUCUCAGCCGCCGGGUUCCACCAAAUCCGCGUUUCCACCCCGCACUCUCUCGGCAUCCUAUCCGCCUCUGAACCCCCAUCCUCCGGCCGCUUCCGCCGCGGCUACGACCGUGUAAUCUUCGCCCCAAUGCUCGAUUUCCACCGCAAAUCUAAAACACCCUUCGUCGUUAAUCCUUAUCCUUACUUUGGCUACUCGAGUCGGACUCUGAACUACGCACUCUUUAAGCCCAACCCCGGGUUCUUCGACCCUGUGACCCGAAUCAACUAUACAAACAUGUUUGACGCUCAGAUGGACGCUGUUUUCUCGGCGAUGAGCCGCCUCGGGUACGGCGAUGUCCAGAUCGCCGUCGGUGAGAGCGGAUGGCCGUCUGCCGGCGAUCCAGGGCAGGUCGGCAUCAACGUCGAGGACGCCGCGUCGUAUAAUGGGCAACUCAUCCAGCACGUGACCUCCGGGAAAGGAACGCCGUUGAUGCCCAAUCGAACUUUCGAGACCUAUGUUUUCUCCCUUUUCAACGAGGACUUGAAGCCGGGUCCCACCGCCGAGCGCAACUUCGGCCUCUUCCGGCCGGAUUUCUCCCCGGUGUACGACGUCGGCGUCCUCCGCGGUGGCAGCCAGGGCGGUGGACCCACACCGGCGCCAACGGCGGCGUCGAAGUGGUGCGUGGCGGCCGGUGGUGCGACUGAGGCGGCUUUACAGGCGAACAUUGACUACGCCUGCAGUACGGCGGGCGUCGAUUGCCGGCCCAUUCAGGCGGGCGGGCCGUGCUUCGAUCCCAAUACCGCUCAAGCCCACGCAAACUAUGCUAUGAACGCCUACUACCAGUUCGCCGGCCGCCACGUCUUCAACUGCGACUUCGGGCGGACCGGCGUUAUUGUAACCAAAAACCCCAGUUAUGGAAAUUGCAAGUAUGACGCGUAAAGGGGAGGGCAAAAUAUUGGGUGUCCGGAUUCGUCCGGAUACUAAUCCAGACAUGCCACGUUAGCAAAAUACAUCGGGUUGAUGUGACGCAUCUGGAUUGGUUGUCCGGACGUGAGGUGACCGGACGCAAUAAUUCGCCAAAGAGAAGGGUUUGAUUUUGGGUCGAUUCUUUUAGUUUAUAGUGAAGUUAUUUUUAUUAAAUCUAAGUAGCGGUGUGUUGGUAAAGUUAUCUGUUUAAAUAUACUAAUUUGAGCUAUUACGGUGAUGAUUGCUGUCUUUUCAUACCUUAUCAA